AUGUACUUUGAUUACUACUCUGUCAAGACUUUUAUGUCAGAUAUAAUGGAGUCUUUUAUUGAUAAAACUUUGCAGCUAAUUACUUUAGAGAGAGAUGCUGAGACAUUGGAGAGCCUGGAAAAUGUGUCCAAACAGAUGGAAUGUCUAUCCAAGUUGGAGUCUCAUGGGAUUUGUCUCUCAAGACUACAUGUUGGCUCCCAACACAUAGGACUGUACGGUAGACUUGUGGUCACCCUUGAGCCAAGUUUAGCUGGUCACAAGCAAUUGCCAUCCACGUCUAUCACUUCAGGGGAUAUUGUUGGUGUGUAUUCCCGUGGAAAACCAGUGUCAGACAAUGAUCUAUCGGGGAUAGUGUUGCGCAAAGACAAAAUCUCACUAGCAGUGGCAUUCGACCAAAUUGACAACUCUUUGGACCUGACUGCACACGAUGGAGCUCUUGUUGUGAUAAAGCUCGCCAAUGAUGUUACCUACCGUAGGAUGAAGAGAGCUCUUGAAGAUCUGAGAACUGGUAAAAGAUGUCAGCAUCUAGCAAGAGUUCUGUUUGGAGAGCAAGUGUUAAGUCCUCCAGACCCAAGAUUUGUCGCAAUGUUAUCCUGUUCAACUGAAGCGGAACAGUUUUCCUUCAUCAACAAAAGUUUAAAUGAGAGUCAGAGAAUAUCAGUUUUGUUUGCGCUUUCCCGGCCUGAUGUAGCUGUGAUCCAUGGCCCUCCAGGCACAGGCAAGACCACCACUUUGGUGGAACUCAUUCUACAGUCUGUCAAACUGGGGCAAAAGGUGUUGGCAUGUGCCCCUUCCAAUAUUGCUGUUGAUAACAUGGUAGAGCGCCUAGCACAAGGGAAUGCCAGGGUGGUAAGACUUGGUCACCCUGCCAGACUAUCUGAAUCGAUACAGAGACUGUCACUAGAUGCAUUGCUACACAGUGUAGACUCUGCUCAAAUCAUUAUGGAUGUCCGCAAGGACAUCAAAAAAGCUCUUACAAGCCUUCAUCAAAGUCGUGGUUCAGCUGAUAGAAGCAAAUGGAGAGGUGAACUAAAAAUCUUGCGGAAAGAGCUACAAAACAGGGAACAGAGAGCUAUUAAGGAUUUGCUAAAAGGUGCUGAUGUGAUCUUGUCCACAACUACAGGGGCCUCACUGGAAGGUCCUUUGAAACAUCUUCCUAAAACCCAUUUUGGACUGACUGUCAUUGAUGAGUGUGCCCAGGCAGUGGAGGCUGGUUGCUGGAUUCCUCUUCUUCACUCCCCUAAGUGUGUGUUAGCAGGGGACCAUAAGCAGCUGCCACCCACCAUCCUUUCCAAAGAAGCCGCUGAGAAUGGCUUGUCCCUCAGUUUGAUGGAGAGAGUAAUUGAGCUCUACCAAGACAAUAUCACUACCGUGCUCACCGUCCAGUACAGAAUGCACAAGCACAUAAUGUCUUGUUCUUCAAAAUUCUUCUACAAAGACAAGUUACAACCACAUUUUUCUGUCUCCGAACAUACUCUAAGUGAUCUAGACGGGGUGUAUGCUGACCAGCUGACUAACAUCCCCCUAGUAUUCAUAGACACCGCAGGCUGUCACAUGACAGAAUUAGAAACACAAGAUGAGCAGUCCAAGGGAAAUGAAGGUGAGGCCGAUCUGGUGGUGCAUCAUCUGAAGGCCCUGGUUGGUGCUGGACUCUCCUCCACUCAGUUGGCCGUCAUUGCUCCAUAUAGUCUACAAGUUGAACUGAUAAGAAAGCGGUUGGUGUUUAUUGGUAACCCAAUGUCUUCCAUUGAGGUGCACACAGUGGAUGGUUUCCAAGGUCGAGAAAAGGAGGUAGUGGUCAUCUCGUUCACUCGCUCCAACAAUAAAGGUGAGUAUGGGUUUCUGCGUGAAAGCAGACGGACCAAUGUGGCUGUCACUAGAGCUAGACGCCACCUCGUGCUCAUUGGAGACUCUAGCACCAUAUCACAGGAGUGCUUCAUCAAAGAGCUAGUAGACUACUGUCACCAGCACGGGGAAGUAUGGAGUGCUCAAGAAUACAUAAAUGACCCCAGUUUUGAGAGUGGGAGCUACCAUACACCUCCCUCACCGAAAAGCAAGCCACAUAGCAUGGAUCCAAGCUCUUCACUUAAAAGAACAAGUAAAGACAAACAUCAUUCUAAAGCAAACAAUACAGUAACAUCCAGCCUGUCUAGCACCGUCAAAUGGGGGAACAGUGUUCCAAACCAGCUGACAGAGACUACUUCUUUUGAGAUCAUGCUCUCAGAGUUUUGCGAUGGACCCACAACUAUACUGACAUUCUCAAGUUCUUUGACGGGCAAUGAACGCAGAAUCAUCCAUGAAAUAAGUGAGAGAAUGGGCUUGCUUCAUGAGAGUAGAGGAGAAGGAAGUGAGAGGUUUAUUGAAGUGCAGAAAAAGAGAUCCCAGUAUUCUUCUCCAGUUUCUGUUAUUGAAGAGAUCACCGCUGCUGAAACUGACUCCUGUAAAACUGUUGCCAAUAUAAAAGCCGGCACAACAGGUGAUAGACUUGUACGGACUGAUGUCAGCGAUUGUUUAGAAAUCAGCAACGUCACUAACGCAUCAUCUACAGCAUCAUCUAACCAGAGGAAAACUAGUGUUAAAAAAAAGCCAGAACAGAAAGUGAUAACAAAAAACUCUAGUGAAGAUCUUGAUUCACUAAUUUCAGAAAUGAGUAAACUGGACUCAACGUGUGCUCAUUCCAAGUGUAAAAAAAGUAUCAAACUGUUCAGUGUAAAGUGUCGUCACUGCUCUCGGAGGCAUUGUGUGGAGCAUAGCCUGCCUGAAGUGCAUGGAUGUGGAGAUGCCGCGAAGAGAAGUGCCAGAAUGUCAGCAAGCAGCAAGUCUAUAAGAAGUAGUACCUCAAGCAAUGUUGACAGAGCUAGACUGCAGAAGAAACUUCACAGCAAAAUCGAUAAGAUGUCAAAAAAAGGCAAUCCACGUACACUAUCAUAAUUUACUGCUGUUGUGGAAUACACUCCUCGCUCAAUUGUAUGGAUAUAAUUAUUUAUGUUCACAUAAUUUCAUUCUGUGCUUUGCAGCUCACUUGGAAUUGUUCUGGUGAAUUAUUAAGUAUACAUGUAAAGAAA